AUGGAGCCCGGCACUUUUUUGGUUCUGGAAAACUACAUUGGAGGCGAGUUCAUCCCGUGCGCGAAUCACAUCGAUUCGUACGACCCGUCCACGGGGGAUGUGUACUGCAAAGUACCGGACAGUGGCCCAGAAGAGGUGGAGGCGGCGGUGGCCGCAGCCAAGAAGGCUUUCCCGGGCUGGGCGGCUCGCAGCCCGGAGCAGAGGGCUGAGGUCCUCAACAAGAUGGCCGACUUGAUCGAGACCCACCUGGAGGAGUUAGCGCAGGCCGAGUCCAAAGACCAAGGCAAAACGUUGACGUUCGCCCGGACAGUGGACAUUCCGCGAUCGGCAUACAACUUCCGCUUCUUCGCCUCUUCAGUGCUGCACCACACCAACGACUGCAGCCAGAUGGACCACCUGGGCUGCCUCAACUACACUGUGCGCUGCCCCGUGGGAGUGGCUGGCCUAAUCAGCCCGUGGAAUCUUCCUCUGUACCUGCUGACGUGGAAGAUCGCACCCGCCAUUGCCGCGGGCAACACAGUGGUCGCUAAACCCAGCGAGAUGACCUCUGUGACCGCCUGGAUGAUGUGCAAGCUGAUGCGGGAAGCCGGCGUUCCUCCUGGCGUGGUGAACAUCGUAUUUGGGACAGGCCCGCGCGCAGGAGAUGCCUUAGUAAGCCACCCCGACGUGCCCCUCAUCUCUUUCACGGGCUCCACGGCGACGGCGAGGCUCAUCACCGAGCGCAGCGCCCCCUACUGUAAGAAGCUGUCGCUGGAGCUCGGCGGCAAGAACCCGGCUAUUAUUUUCGCCGACGCCGAUUUGGACCGCUGCGUUGAGACCACCGUCCGAUCCAGCUUUUCCAAUCAGGGAGAAAUCUGCUUGUGCACUAGUCGCAUUUAUGUGGAGCGGAGUAUUUACUCGACGUUUUUGGAGAAGUUUGUGGCCGCCGCCAAGAAAUGGAAGACCGGUGUGCCUUCUGAUCCCGACUGCAGCAAUGGUGCACUCAUCAGCAAGGAGCACUUGGAAAAGGUCCGCGGCUUCGUGGCCCUGGCCAAAUCGGAAGGCGCCACGGUGCACUGCGGCGAAGGUGUGGACCCUCUAAACCUCCCCCGCCGCAACGCUGGCGGCUACUUCAUGCCCACCACCGUCAUCUCCGGCGUCUCCCGUAAAUCCCGCGUCACGCAGGAGGAGAUCUUCGGCCCGGUGACCUGCGUGGCCCCCUUCGACGACGAGGAGGGGGCGCUGGCCGAGGCCAACGGGGUGCGCUACGGGCUGGCCGCCACCGUGUGGUCGCGGGACGUGGCCCGGGUGCACCGCGUGGCCGCCCGUCUUCAGUCCGGUCUGGUGUGGGCCAACUGCUGGCUGGUGAGGGAUCUCAAGCUACCUUUCGGAGGCGUCAAGAACUCCGGCGUCGGCAGGGAAGGCGGCAAGGAUUCCUACCACUUCUUCACCGACGUCAAGACCGUCACCGUCAAGCACUGA